AUGUUUCGCUAGCAUUUCAUUGCUAGAAUUCAUAGCGACCAGGACAGAAAACAAUCGACACCAUGUUGUCACGGCGAUCGAAUCAUUCCGGCAGUAAUAAAGAGAAGAUUGUGGUAACAAAGAAGGAAUCAAACCGAAUUUUACUGCGUCUUCAGCAAGGGAUGCUGAACGGAGUUCGGGAUAAGUUACCCAACGGUGGGGACUAUUGCUACUUCAAGGGUAUCCCCUAUGCCAAGCCUCCGAUUGGUGAGCUUCGUUUCGAGCCACCCGUUCCGUUGGCUAAGUUUCCAGCCGUUGUAGUAGACUGUUCAAAAGAGGGAAGCAAUUUUGUGGGAACAAGUGCCUUGAACCACAACAUCACUGGGUGCGAAGAUGGACUGUACCUCAACGUUUACACCCCUGAAAUAACCAAAAACGGCCAAAGUCAUUCAUUUCCGGUGAUGGUGUUCAUUCAUGGGGGAGCUUUCAUUGGAGGAGAUUCUUCCAGUUUGCUUUAUAAUCCCAACUUUUUGGUGCAGGAAGGUGUCGUCGUUGUAACCAUGAACUACCGUUUGGGUGUGCUGGGUUUGCUGUGUCUACCGGAAGCAGGGAUUGAGGGUAAUGGAAGCUUGAAAGAUCAAAGAUUGGCUCUGCGUUGGGUCCACGAAAACAUUGCACAUUUUGGAGGUGAUCCUAGUAACGUAACUUUGUUUGGAGCCAGUUCCGGAGCUAGUUGUGUUGGUCUGCAUUGUGUUUCGGAAUCAUCCCGGAAAUACUUCCACAAGGCAAUCAUGCAAAGCGGCCAUCAUCUCUGCGACUUUCCCUAUAGUGAUCAAAUGGUGGAGAAAGCACGAUCACUAGCGAAGAUAUUCGGUUACGAAGGAAGUUCCGACGUGGAAGCUUUGAAGGUGCUGAAGAAAGUUCCACCUCGAACCUUAGUGCGGAGACAGUUUGAAGUGCUGACGCCAAGGGAACAGGAACUGGAAAAGAUCUAUCAUAUCCCAUUUGGUCAUGUAAUUGAACGAAAAGAAUCGAAAGAUGCUGUGGUCACGAUGGAUCCGAGGGAGUUUAUGCGAACUCAUGGCUCCUUCAGAAUGCCGGUUAUUAUGGGGUGCAACAACGGCGAGGCAUCGAUGGAACUGAAGAGCAUGAUCGCUCAUUUGAACGAUUUCAAUUCGCAAUGGGAAAGAUACAUACCACGAAGCUUGAAAGUAGAUUAUUUUGGACCAAUUGCCAAAUCUAUCGGUGAAGAUGUUCAUCGAUUUUACCUCGGAGACCAGCUUGCAUCGGAAGCCACAUUGAGAGAACUUCUUCAGCUGAUAUCUGAACGAUACAUGUAUACGGUUUAUAUUUUUGCCUACCUCUGGAGUCAAUUUCAACCGGAUUCGAAACUAUAUUGUUACCGAUUCGCCCUCGAUGGAGAAUUGAACCAUGGAAAAGUUCUUAACGAGUUACCACCAAUCAAGGCGGCAUGUCACAUGGACGAAGUCUUUUACCUUUUCAGUUCGAUGUUGGUACCAGAAGUUCCCGAAACGAGCGCAGCAUUCCAGAUACGACGUACGAUGGUUAAAAUGUGGACUAAUUUUGCCAAGCACUCAAAUCCGACUCCGCCGAACGAUGAUUGGCUUGGAUUUUGCUGGAAUCCUGUGUCCGCGCUUGAUUCGUGCGACGAAAAGCCAUUCGAUCCGCAGUUUCUCAAUAUAGAAAAUUCGUUCCAAAUGGGAUCCAUUCCGGAGAAACGUGGGUUCGAAUUUUGGGCCAGCUUACAUGAGAAGUACAACGGUCGAUUUGAUAUCUUAGAUUUUCCAAUAGUGAAUUUGAAUUUGAAAUCCAAUAACUAGUUUCGAAAGUACCAGUUGUAAUAGAUGCAGCGCGUUGGAAGUGCGCUAAAGGUGAUCAUGAGGUGAUAGUACGUAACAUAUUAUUUCUUGUAAUGAAAAACAAGCCCAUUAUGAUUGCAAAGCUAUUUUUUGCGCAGUUCACUCGACCUAUUAUUCAUAUGGAUUGGAUUAUUUGACCAUGGAUUAUUUGAGAGUUACAUUUAUUAUCAAACCAGUAGUUAACUAAGGCAGGGUCAUGCCUCUGUAUUUUUGGAUACGCAUGGAAUAGUGUUCAUAAACAGCUUUCGAAAAGGAAAAGCAAUGAUGGUUAAUAGUAGAUGGAAUUAUAAACUA